UAUUAUAUUGACGUCGUCUGGUCCUCACAUGAGGGUGUGUUUACAUCACGUCACAGCAGUUUUCCAAGAAGAUAACAAUUAAUCUGCAUCAUGUUUCAUGGGAUACAAGUUUCAGGAGGUGUAGGAGGAGCUCCUGCCAAUAAACCUGAAUUGUAUGAGGAGGUGAAAUUAUACAAGAAUGCAAGAGAACGAGAGAAGUAUGAUAACAUGGCAGAGUUGUUUGCUGUCGUCAAAACUCUGCAAGCCCUGGAAAAAGCUUACAUCAAAGACUGUGUCACACCCAAUGAAUACACUGCCUCCUGUUCCAGACUAUUGGUUCAGUAUAAGGCUGCAUUUAAACAAGUGCAGGGCUCUGAUGUUGGCUCCAUUGAUGACUUCUGCAGAAAGUACAGGCUGGACUGCCCACUGGCCAUGGAAAGAAUCAAAGAAGAUCGGCCAAUAACCAUCAAGGAUGAUAAGGGCAAUCUGAACCGCUGCAUUGCAGACAUAGUUUCUCUCUUCAUUACUGUGAUGGACAAACUGAGACUGGAGAUUAGAGCUAUGGAUGAGAUCCAGCCAGACUUGAGGGAACUGAUGGAAACUAUGAAUAGAAUGAGCAACAUGCCCCCCGACUCAGAGGCAAAGGACAAAGUCAGCCUUUGGUUGACCACUCUCAGCAGCAUGUCAGCCUCAGAUGAGUUGGAUGAUAAUCAGGUUCGCCAGAUGCUUUUUGACCUGGAGUCGGCCUACAAUGCCUUUAACCGUUUCCUUCACUCUUCUUAAAGCAUCUCUUCCUCAUGGACCUAAAAGUGUCGCUCUAAUACCUGCUCUGUCAAAGGAAACACUCUCUCACUCUUUUCUUGAAGAGAGUAGAAAUGUGUCGGCAAAAAGACCUCCUCUCUGUCCCUGUCUCUGUGUUUGUUUAGUCUGUCUUUAUUUAUGUUAAAUACAAAAAAAACUCCACCACCUCCUAAAGUAAACUCCUCUUUUUUGUGGUACAUUGUUCUGCUUGUAGUUCCAGUUGGUUUUGUGAUUUAUCCGGUGUUUAGCCGUGCUUGUCAGAUCAGACAUAAAGCAGGUUCGUCCUAAAUUUGAGUUGUCCCAAAAUGUAAUGGGUUUGAAAAGCACACACUCGUAAACAAAAGACAACCAUGGCCAAAACCUUUGUUUUGAGAGAUUAAUAUUUCCUAUUAGGUCGUUUUGUACCUAAAUGUAUGCAAGAUUUGCCACCUGGUGAUAUCUUGGGUAUUUUAUUUUCUAAUUGACAUUUUAACUAAGGGAUUUAGUCAUAGAGUAAGAGUAUAUGUUUUGAUAAAUAAGGGUAAACAUUUGUUUCAACUUUAAAUCUGAAAAUUAGUCAGCCUAUUGAAAUGAUGGUGGAAGGAAAUUGUUCUGUUAUUGUGUCCAUUGUUUUCUGUUAACAUGUAUCGUUCAUAUUCAAAGUGAGUCACAUUUAGUGAGUAAGUGAGAGAUGGACACACUGUCUUUGUUUUUCUUAUUGAAUAUUAACCCACCCUUUUGGAAGACAUUAAGGAAAAUGUGUAAUAAGAUUUAUCAAUGUAUAUAAUAGUGGUGAUUUUUAAAUAUAAGCACGUGUGAUCUUUUUAGAAAUAAAAUGUAAAAGUCUA